AGGGUUUAAGGCAUUUCCAAAAACCCGAUGCACUGUAACUCGGUUUCGGUCUCCAUUGGCAUUUCAGAAUGGCAAAUUCGAUGGCAACGCUCUCAAGACGGUUCUAUCGCCAUCUUCUUUCCAACCCUAGAACUGCUCAGUGUUCGAUACCCUUUUCCACCACCCUUUCUUCAGGCGGAGCCACAGACGUGGACGAGGUCACCCUCGACGAGGAAGCCGAACCACCUCAAUCGCAAUCAUCACCACCAUCAGCGUCGUCGGAGAACGUCAAAACAGGCAGCGGAAGGCCCUUUAAAACGCAACUAGAGAAUGGCCUGGAUACGGGCAUUUUCAAGGCAAUACUGGUGGGGCAAGUCGGAAAUCCCCCACAUCAGAAGAAGCUGAAAAAUGGGGCUUCUUUGACGUUUUUUACAUUGGGUACGGGUGGGGUUCACAACAGUCGUAGGCCGUUGCAGAAUGAGGAACCGAUGGAGUAUGCAAAUCGCUGUACUGUUCAGUGGCAUCGUAUCUGUGUUUACCCAGAAAGCUUGGGACAGACUGUGAUGAAGCACCUUGUACCUGGUUCAAUUGUAUAUUUGGAGGGGAACCUGGAGACAAAAAUCUUCAAUGAUCCAAUUACUGGUUUGGUUCGACGCUUUAGGGAGGUUGGAGUUCGCAAAAAUGGUCGCCUCGUUCUUUUGGACAAAAAUGAGGAUGCCAAAGAAGCCGCCUCAAGUGGUAACAAUGCAUUUGGCUUUUAUUAGAAAGAAAUCAAAGUGGGAUUUCAAGAGCUGAGAAAUUAUUUGUCAUAAAACAAGUUUUGACAAUUGUAUUAUACAGUGCUUUGACAAGAAUUCUAAUGGAUGGUGGUGGUUUUACCUUUUUCUUUUCUUUUGUCACAUAGUAUGGUGAUGAGCUAUAUUUGUUUGAUCACAACGUGUCCUCAACCAAUGUGAAGCCGUAGUGAUCGAAUUUUACUGUUUUGCAUCUUUCGAUGUCUUGAUCAUAAGAGUUAUGCAAUGCUGCUGCUUUACUUAUAUAAAAGGUUUCUACAUAG